AUGCGAAGCUCCAAAAGAAUCAAAUUAGAUAAACCUGAACACAGUCAGAAAUGUUUAAUUCCAAUCAUUUCAGAUGACCUUAUUCAAGAUACACCUUUAAUUGAUGUUUAUGUGGAUACUAUAAAUGAUCCCAAACAUAUUUCAAAAGUAAUUAUAGAUUUGAAUUCUUCAUUACCUAUUUUAGACUUGACUCAUCUAAAGAGAGUUAAAGGUAAAGAUAUACUGUUAUGCCCAGUAGACAGCAUUGGGAUAGACCAGGUUCAUGGUUUAUUAAAAAUUAAGAACUUUGAUACAUCUUAUCUUCAGAAUAAUAUAAGAGUUGUAUCUGUAGCAAAGAUUCCUCCAAAAACUAGAACUCAGUAUAACAAGGUUAAUAAGUAUUGGCCUUGCAACUUCCAUAGUGAUAAAUACAUAGAAAAGUUAGUAACAAACACAUUAUUUUCAUCAGAAGAGUUGUGUGAGCAUGAGAAAUUUAUGAAAAUGGCAGUUUUAUUGGCCAAUUACAGAAAGAUAACUUAUAAAGACAGAAAGUGUGUAGGAUCAGUUGUUGUUGAUCCAAAAAUCAAGUCCAUUGUUGCUGUUGGUUACUCUAAUGCAUUAUCUAACCCUUGUGAACAUGCUACUAUGGUUUCAAUUAAUAAUGUUGCACAAACUCAACUGAGUAAUAUUAAUGAUGUGCCAAAUAAAUCCAAAUUAAAUUUAUCAGGAAUACCAGAAGAUAUACACACUGUACUGCAAGAUAAGUUUGAGGGCAGUUGUUUUGGCUCAACUUGGUUCAAAGACAAAUCAGAAAUAGGCCAGCCUUCUGAUGGUCCUUAUUUAUGUACAGGAUACUAUAUUUAUUUAACACAUGAGCCCUGUAUAAUGUGUUCCAUGGCUUUAGUGCAUAGUAGAAUUAAAAAAGUGUUUUAUGGAAUCAAUUCAUCCAAUGGCGCUUUAGGAACUUUAUGUAAAGUACAUCUAUUGAAGGAUCUAAAUCAUCAUUAUGAAGUAUUUGCAGGACUUUGUAAAAGUGAGUGUGAGGGACUGAAUAUACUAUAA